AUGCCGACUUUGAAAAUUUCACCAGCAGAGACAAACCUCGAGAAAGAAGUAACGAAAUAUAUCGACGAUGAGAGUAAGGAUCCCAAAGAAGACGUCUGUCCGCCAAAGAUCUCAGUUGAUUUAGAAGCCGCUCAGUGUGACGAGCCACAGUCAGGCAGAUCUUUUGAAGAAAUUCCAGUCCAGCGAUCGAACCCUCGGCUCGAUAUUCAUCGAGAUUUUCAGCGAAGUGGAAGAAUAAAUGUGUCAAGAAAUAUUGGAGUGUUCAGUUUGGCAUUAUUCGGAUCAGCUGUAUGCCAAGGCAUGUCGACCGCAUAUGUGGUUGCAAAUGGAAACAUCUCCAACCGGAAUAAUAUUCAGCCAGGAACGACAAACCCACUCGCUCCGCCGCUUAUAGUCAAUGGCAAUGGAGAUCGCGACAGAACGGAAAUUAUUGACGACUCGUUCGACUCCUACGACAGCUAUGAAAACUACAACUACGGCGCAAACCCUCUUGCUCCUCCAACGUACGAUGAAUAUCCUGACUAUCCAGAAGAUGAUGAGAUGUCUCAUCUUAACCGAACUAAGUGGAGUGAAACAGGUGAGGUUCACAAGAAUGGCACUGUAGAUCCAUGGGUUGACGACUACAAUCCUGACGACAUCGAUCUAUCUUACGAUGAAGCUUAUAUUCGUGGGCCUGUGCCAAUAGUAGAGGUCUCCACCGAAGAAUCAGCUGCGCCAGAAUCCAUCGAGACAACUGAGACGACAAAUGAAACAACAACAAAAGAAUCAGAAACAACCGUCGAAAGUCAAACAAAUCAGAACUCGACCACUGCAAAUUGA